AAUAAAAGAUGAAAAAUGCAAGUUUAAAAAUCUAUUGUAAUAGCUGAAAAAUAAUAUUCUAUGUAUAAAGUAGAAUCCAUUUAUUACGGUUGAUAAUAACAUUAAUAUAUAUAUUUUUUUUAAUGAAAUACUUUGUAUAUUACACAGUACAAAAAUAUAAAAAUUAAUAUUUAUAAUAAAUAUUUAUUAAUUUUCACAUAAUGGAUCUACGAGAUCUUAUCGCGAAAAAGAGAUCAUCAUUAAAAUCAUGUAAAACAGUGAUAACAGAUCCGCUUGGCAAUAAAUAUGAAGUUGAACAUGGCCAAGUGAAACAGCUAGAAAAAAGUCUGCCGUUUGUAGUAGACGAAAAACCUGACCUGCAAGUUGCUAAUAUAAUACCAGGAUUGUAUCUCAGCUCUCAAGAUCCAGUAGUUUGCAAUGAUAUAUUAAAAAAAUACGAAAUACGACAUAUUUUAAGUAUAGGUGUCAACAUCCUUGAGAGAUAUCCUGACAUUCAGUAUCAUAUCUGUGACUUAUUAGACUUACCAGAAUCGAAUAUAUUACCGUCGAUAAAAAAAUGCAUCAACAUCAUACGUACUAGUCGUAAAGAAAAUAUUCUUGUACAUUGUAACGCUGGAGUUUCUCGUUCUCCAAGUAUUGUUAUUGCUUAUUUAAUGAUCGUUAUGAAAUUGUCAUAUGAUGAAGCUUAUGAUACAGUAAAAAAAGUGAGAAGUUGUAUUAGGCCUAAUGACGGAUUCGUGAAACAACUACGUAGUAUUGAAAAUACAACCUUUGUUCACGAAUUAUAAUGUUUCAAUAUAUUCAAAUUUAUAAUUUUCAUGUCACAGUUUUUCUUUAAUGUUUUAUCUGUAUAUAUGUAUGUGUUAUGUGCUGGUACUUAUAAUAUACAUAGAUCGGUAAAUUAUUAAUGAGAACUUCUGGUUAAUAAUUUUGACAUGUUUCAUAAUUAAGAAUAAAUUUCAUUGUAUAAAUAUAUUCGCAAUUUUGUGAAUUAUUUUCUUUGGACCUGAGAUUGAAAGGGCAGAAAAAAAUGUAUGCAUACAAGAAAUGGAUAAAUAGAUCAAUGAAUGUAGUAUAUUGUUACAAGAUAAUCAAUGUGUUAUAACAUUAUUUACUUAUGUGUACAGAGAAUAUUGUUUCAUGUAAUUACAAUAUAUUUUAUUAUAACUCAUUAGAAAAUUAUAUUCAUGCACAGCAUCUAUGAAAUCCUUAGCCAAAACUAAGCAUAGUAAAAUUUACUAAUUCUGGCUUUUCCUUACAUUUACCAUGCAUUGGAGAUGACACAUAGGUCGCCGUACCAAGUAGAUUUAUAAAAAUUACUGUAAAUCUAAAAAAUAUAAGUGAAUUUCUGUAUA